AUGACGUAUUUCAGUGAAGAUCAAAGUGGGAUGCCGAUGAAGGAUAAGAUUUUGGUAAGAUUUUGCAUAUGCUCAGUGGGUAUUAUGGGGGGAGGGGCGCAUCGGUUUGGAACAGUAGUCUCGGAGGAAGUUGGGGCAGCAGAGGCAGGGCGAAAUAUUUUUUUAAUGUCUUCUUAUAGCAGAACAAUCCACGAAUUGGAUGCAGAAGAUGAAGAGAAUUUUAACGUCUCCGAGGAUAGCGAAAAUUGUGAUGCAACGGAGACGCCAGUGGAUACAGGGAUGGAAGCAGAGGUAGAGGAGUUGGAGGAAGAAUCACCGAAUGAACGACAUGGUGAGCAAAAUGGCAGUGCUGAACAUGUAAUGCUUAGUCGUGCACAGAUAUUAGAGAUGGAGUUCGCUAACCCGGAUGAGGCGUGUCGUUUCCAUGAGCAAUACAGUCGAGCAAAAGGUUUUGCCAUGCGACAAGGGAAGAAAAUGAAGAAUAGGAAGGGUGAAAUUGAUGAGAUGAGGAUAAAGCGAAAAGCCAAUAGCACUAGUUGGUAUGUGUGUCGUUUUGUGGAUAAGCAUAACCACGACCUUCUUCCAGCAAAGUUUGUGUCAUACCUGCCAGCAUAUAGGAAAAUAUCAGAUGUUGAUAGAGCUCACAUGGAUAGUUUGAGGCAGGUUGGAAUUUCAAUUCCCAAAAUUUAUGAGUCUAUUGCUGCCUAG